GGAAAGACUUUUGCAGGAGAGUUUGGGGCAGGAAUCCUGACACAUGGCAACUGCAGGGAAGGUGAUUAAAUGCAGAGCUGCAGUCAUCUGGGAAGCAGGGCAAAUACCUUCUGUUGAAGAGGUGGAGGUGGCACCACCAAGGACCCAUGAAAUUCGAGUGAAGAUAGUGGCCACCGGGAUCUGUCGAACAGAUGACCAUGUAGCGGUGGGUCUGUUUCCUGGCAUCAGCUACCCAGUGAUUGUGGGCCAUGAAGCUGCUGGUAUUGUCGAAAGCGUUGGACCAGAAGUCACGUGUGUCAAGCCAGGUGACAGAGUCAUUCCUUUAUGUGUUCCCCAGUGUGGAGAAUGUGCCUCCUGUCUAAAUACUAAAACAAAUUUCUGCUUCAAAAGCCAUUUCAGUCAACCUCAAAAUCUGAUGCCGGACAAAACGAGUCGAUUUACCUGCAGAGGGAAGCAAGUUUACCACUUCCUGUGGACAAGCACCUUCUCUGAAUACACAGUUAUGCCGGAGGCUUCCAUUGCAAAGAUUGACGAUGCUGCUCCUCUGGAGAAAGUCUGCCUGUUUGGCUGCGGGUUUUCUACUGGCUAUGGCGCUGCCAUCAAUUCGGCCAAGGUUGAGCCUGGUUCUACCUGUGCCAUCUUUGGUUUGGGCGGCGUUGGUCUGUCCGUUAUCAUGGGCUGCAAAACAGCUGGAGCCUCCAGGAUUAUUGGCAUCGACAUCAACAAAGACAAAUUUGCCAAAGCGAAAGAGUUAGGAGCCACCGACUGCAUCUCUCCUAAUGACUUCACCAAACCCAUUGAGAAGGUGCUCGUGGAGAUGACCGGUCUCGGCGUGGACUAUUCCUUUGAGGCGAUCGGGCGUAUUGAAACAGAGGUAGCCGCCCUUGCCUCUUCCCGCUUGGGUUCUGGAACCUGCGUGCUGGUAGGGGAGCCUCCUUCGGGAUCACAGCUCACUUUUGAUCCUAGAUUGAUCAUCACAGGGAGGAAACUGAUAGGGUCCCUCCUUGGAGGUUGGAAGUUAAAAGAUGCACUCCCCAAACUGGUUUCUGAUUACAUGAACAAGAGAUGUAAUCCAGAUGCAUUAAUUAGUCACACAUUGCCCUUUGAGAAAAUUGCUGAAGGCUUUGAGCUGCUGCGUGCAGGGAAAAGCAUUCGCUGCAUCUUGUCGUUUUAAAAUCCCAAAAGCAACCAGUAUCUGGGGCAUCAAUUCAAGACAGUGUCUCAUUCUGUGGAUCCUUCACGUACCUGACUAAAUUCAGCGGUCAUCGAUGCUUACAAAAGUUCUUCUA